AUGAACUGGCUGGUUUGCGGUACCUCCGUUCGCGUUACCUACAUUCCCUCUCCCGCCGUUUCCUGUUCCCCCAUGCGGUCUCCCCCCGUGCGCACUACCACCAGCCCCUCUCCCCGCGUUCCCUCUCGCACCGGUCCCUCUCCCCGCGUUCCCUCUCCCACCGUUUCCUCUCGCACCGGUCCCUCUCCCCGCGUUCCCUCUUCCCGCGUUCCCUCUCGCACCGGACCCUCUCCCCGCGUUCCCGCUCGCACCAGCCCCUCUCCCCGCAUCCCCUCUCUCAACAGUCCCUCUACCCGCGUUCCCUGCGUGCACCUGGGGUUGCCUACCUCUACCGGUCGCGUUCGCAGCAGUUGGUUGCGCGGGGGUGCUGAUGUGGACGUCCGGGUUCCCUGGCAACACCCCUCUCCCCGCGUUCCCUCUCGCACCGGUCCCUCUCCCCGCAUUCCCUCUCCCACCGUUUCCUCUCGCACCGGUCCCUCUCCCCGCGUUCCCUCUCCCACCGUUUCCUCUCGCACCGGUCCCUCUCCCCGCGUUCCCUCUUCCCGCGUUCCCUCUCGCACCGGACCCUCUCCCCGCGUUCCCGCUCGCACCAGCCCCUCUCCCCGCAUCCCCUCUCUCAACAGUCCCUCUACCCGCGUUCCCUGCGUGCACUUGGGGUUGCCUACCUCUACCGGUCGCGUUCGCAGCAGUUGGUUGCGCGGGGGUGCUGAUGUGGACGUCCGGGUUCCCUGGCAACAGUGA